AUGCUUGAUAAAUCGAUAAGAGAUAUAGAGAGGGAGAGGCAAGGCCUUCAAUCACAAGAAAAGAAACUCAUCGCUGAGAUUAAGAAGAAUGCAAAGCUAGGCCAAAUGGGAGCUGUGAAAGUGAUGGCAAAGGACCUAAUUAGGACACGUCACCAGAUUGACAAGUUUUACAAGCUUAAAUCCCAACUCCAAGGUGUAUCUCUCAGGAUCCAGACACUGAGAUCGACACAAGCAAUGGGAGAGGCGAUGAAAGGCGUGACGAAAGCGAUGGGGCAAAUGAACAGGCAGAUGAACCUGCCGUCGCUACAGAAAAUCAUGCAAGAGUUCGAGAGGCAGAACGAGAAGAUGGAGAUGGUCUCCGAGGUGAUGGGAGAUGCUAUUGACGAUGCCUUGGAAGGAGAUGAGGAAGAGGAAGAGACUGAAGAUCUUGUUAGCCAGGUUCUUGACGAAAUCGGUAUCGACAUCAACCAAGAGCUGGUGAAUGCUCCGUCUGGUUCGGUGGCUGCGCCGGCGACGAAGAACAAGGUGGUGCAAGCUGAGGCGGCGGGAGCUGAGGACGGCGGAGGAAUAGAUAGUGAUCUUCAGGCAAGAAAAUCGAGGCGUCGUGUGCUUGCUUCUCCAAUCGUAUCUUCAAUUGAUUUGUUUCUUCGCCUUCAAAGCACAGAUUUUCAAUUUUUAGUGAUAAGCAUGGCUACUCUCAACGAAAAAGUUUCUUCGUAUUUGGAGGAAAAAAACAUCAAAUUCAAGUAUGCAGAUGACGAUGACGAUGAUGAUGGACUUGGAGAUUCACCUAAAUGGUCUUUUCAAUCAAUCCCCACGAGAAAACCUGAGUAUCCGAUCAUCGACUCAGGAGACUACGUCGACGAUGGAUAUGAUUCAGCUGACGAGCUCUCUCCUAGUACUAAGCCCAUUCAACCAACAAACGGAGCUGCUCCUGAAGUUAACCUGAAAAACGUCUUCACCGGCUUGAUCGCCAUUGUUACCGGUCGAAACAAGGACCCUAACGCUUCGUCAGAUCAGAACCUCCCUUCUUCGAAUGUCUCCUUCCUCGGCUCGAGCAAAAACGGAGACACUUACCUUCACUCAUCCGUCUACAUCCCGAGCGCGCCGCCUCUUCUCGAGCCCACCGGGAUCAACUACAGUGUUUACAAGGACUUGCUUGAAGCCGAGCCUCCUCAGUGGCUACCGGACAGCUCGACUACGACCUGUAUGCAGUGUUCAUCUCCUUUCACCGCAAUCACCUGCGGCAGGCAUCACUGCCGGUUCUGCGGAGGGAUCUUCUGCAGGAACUGUUCGAAAGGGAGGUGCUUGAUGCCUAGUAGGUUCAGGGAGAGGAAUCCUCAGAGAGUCUGCGAUUCCUGCUACGAGAGGCUUGAUCCUCUGCAAGGUGUUCUCAUCAACUCCAUUAGUAACGCCGUGCAAGUCGCGAAGCAUGAUGUUGUGGACUGGACUUGUACGAGAGGGUGGUUGAAUCUCCCCGUUGGUCUCUCUAUGGAGGAUGAGAUCUACAAGGCGGCUAAUACGCUGCGUGGUUACUGCCAGGUAGCGAGAUUAGACCCUGAGAAGUCCAUACCACAUGCAGUUCUUAGUCGAGCUAAAGGUUUGGCUAUCCUGACGGUUGCUAAAGCUGGUGCGUUGCUGUCUUACAAACUCGGGACUGGUCUGGUGAUAUCUCGGAGAUCAGACGGGUCUUGGUCUGCUCCGUCGGCGAUACUUUCUGUAGGUCUAGGUUGGGGUGCUCAGAUUGGUGGUGAGUUGAUGGACUUCAUAAUAGUUAUGCACGAUUUGAAAGCGGUGAAGACGUUCUGCAGCAGAAUGCACUUCUCUCUUGGCGCGGGAUGCAGCGCAGCAGCAGGACCUAUAGGGAGAGUGUUGGAGGCAGAUCUUCGAGCUGGUGACCGAGGCUCUGGCGUCUGCUUUACUUACAGCCGAUCCAAAGGUGCGUUUGUGGGAGUGUCUCUAGAAGGGAAUGUGGUGACGACGAGAAGGGACAUGAAUGUAAGGUUCUAUGGCGAUCCGUACCUAACCACAUCGGACAUUCUACUCGGGAUGGUGGAUCAACCCAAAGCGGCUGAGCCAUUGUACACUGCGCUUAAAGACCUCUACGCAGGUUUACGACCGUAA